AUGACAGCUCGACAAGGAGACUUUCGCGGUUUACUCAGAGUUUUCUUUCUGACCUUGUUGGUGGCGCUCGGUGCUUCCGCUCCGUUUUCUGACAGCAUUGCUGCAACGGCAGUUCCAAAAGGAAAUGCAGCAUGGCUAUAUCCUGAGACUCAGCAGCAAGUCGACGAUUGGAAGGCGCAGUUGACUACUUUCAACCUGGCCGCUGGCGCAGAACGGGCGAUUCGCGUACUCUACGUCUACAGCACCGAUCUGGAAACGACAUACACCAAGCCCGUAAUUGGAACACUGGCCAAAACAGCGGUCACUACCUUGCGCGGCAUCCCCAACGUCACCCAUGUCGCCGCCAUCAUUGACGCCGACCUCACCGCAAGCUACGCCAACCUCAACAAGCUCACCACCGCCAAGAUCAACGCCCUUGCCGAUGCCCACGCAAGACUCUACUGCGAGUCCUCAUUCGACGGCAUUCAGCUCGACUUGGAGCCCUACAAUCCCACCUAUAAAAACUCCGUCCUUACCUUUGUCCGCCGCCUUUCCUUGGAUCUGCGAGAUCCCUCAUACUGCACAAGACCCAAAUUUAUCGCUUUCUUUGUAGGGCCCCGUCAAGCUGACGCCACGCUAUACGGCGCCCUCGGUCCCAACGGCUACGCUGUGAUCAGCGGCUAUGACCUAGACUCCCCCGGCCCCGGCCUUCCCGAAACUCCCGAACAGUAUCGCAUAAACCUCAAAUCGAACGUCAACUUCGUCAUCAACAAUGCGAAUUCGACGUACGGCAAAUUUUCAAUCGGGCUGCCCUUCGCCGCUUCCGCCUGUGAAUUCGAGUCCGGCGUGUCCCUGACCGACCCAUCUAAUAUCAUCCAGGGUUAUCCCAUGUACGACCCCGUACGGCCGAGCUACAUUCCCUCCGCCUUUGACGUACUGAACCAGACAAUCGGUUCCAGCGGCCCGAGUCUGACUAGUAGGUUUUUAGGUGUGAGUGUGUGGGGUUUUCUCAGUCGUGACGUGAGAGUGCUGGGCUACCGGCACACGCCCAAGAAUGUGUUUGACACGCCGGGAAUGAUGUCGUACAUGGCGGCAAACAUGCCCCGAAAGGCGGUCAUGCCGCUGUCUCCCGCCCAGGCAGUCUGCACCAUCUGCAGUGGCAGCAGACUACAGAGGCGGCGACAGCGACCUUACUACCUUUACUUCCCCAUUCAACAAACCAAGGCACGAGAGUACCAGACGCCGAAUGCCUCCGUACCCCCUAUUCGAGGUGACGGUGACGGCGGCGAUGACGGCAGUUGUUGCUGUUGCUGCGGUGGCGGCCCGCCAGCACACCUUGCACGUACCAAAUCGACCCACUCCUUGCGAGUCACCCGCCCGCGUCCACGCGCAAACACCUCACCCUCCCAGCCAUUCCGCGUGAGCCAGUCCUUAAGCUCGUCCACCUGUUUGGGGUUUACAGGAGUUACUUUUACAGGAGUUAUUUUUGGAGAUUUCCUCGCUGGACUUUUGCGGAUUAGGAAAGGGAGAGAGAAGCUGUGA